AUGACUUCCGGCGCGGCGAUUAAAGAUCUGAUGACAAAAGCGUUGGCGACAACAGUAUUGGAGCAUCUGAAGGAGACGGUGCUCCAUGAUAAAAUUGAUAGUACGGACUAUCAGAGAACUAAGAUGGAUAUCGAAGAUGAGAUCGCCCGCGAGUCCCUCAUAUCGUAUUUGGAGAAUUUGGAUAGUAGCCACCCGGAUUCUGGAGCACCGGACGGUGGUCCGUCAACGUCUUCUGCAGUUGCGACGUCUUCUAGAGCAUGCGACAUCAUCGUCGUAAGGAUAAGCACCACCACUCUCACCACCGGUCAGCCUACUCGCCUCCUCUCGUUUGAAUCUCAAGUCGACGUCAUCUGA